AUGGCAUUGGAAGAACUCAUCAAGAACCUAUGUCAGAAAGAUGCCCAUUAUAGUCUGCUUACGUUCUGGCACUUACAGGCUGUGUUGCACGAACUAGGGACUGAUUCCACAUUGAACGUGAGUUUCAGAAUAUGCCAGAGGAUGCUGAACGAGCUCCAGUACCAUCUCUUCAAUUUUUCAACCAAUCAGCAUACGAUUACCUCGCCGCAAUCUGCUUCCAGAGGAGUUGUGGCUCCGCACGAAGCCAUGAAGCAGUUUCACGAGAACGUUCCUCCUUCACUGGUGUUGUUCUCUUCGGUGAUGGCUUCCGUGGCUCUGCCUCAGGUGAACAUGUAUGUCGAACCCUUGGUAAAAACCCAGGGGAAACAAGUGAAGUCUUUGGUGUUCGAGGUGGUGAAGAAUCUGAAGAAAGACCUCACCAAGAACUUGACUUUGAAAAACACGAUGAGCAAUGCCUUGCUGGGAAGGUCCAAAGCGAACAAGGAAUUUGUUGAGUUGGACAGUUCUGAUUUUGACGACGAAAUUCCACAACCGCGUUCGAAGUCCCUUUCGCUGACGUCUGCUUCCACUAUUAAUCGUGACAGAGCUUUGCAAUACAGCAGGAAAUCGGAAGACCUUGAGUUCUCUGCAAUAGAGAGAUAUGCUGAGGAAAGAUUGGGAAGUCUGAAUCGGACAAUAUCCACACACAGCCUGAGGUCUCAUAGUAGGAGUAAUCCAGGAUUGACACGGAAGUAUGCCACCGUGAGUGCCAUAUACCCCGAGCAUCCUGGAAACACAGAAGUUACCACGGCCAUGGAUAAUGAAGCAACACCAGAUGAUGGUCUUGGACGGGCCAGCAUUGAUGAUCUUGUAUCCUCCAUGCCAAAUUUGCAUGUUUCAUCAUCAAGGCUUUCGACCUCCAGCACAGUCGAUGUUGGUUACGAUUCUCCAACUGGGUCAUUUUCGUCGUCGGCAAGAAACUCUCGUGAUUAUAGAUUCAGCUCAGAUGCUGACAGCAUUUACGAUCACGAUGCCCCAUUGGAUUCCCCUAACGCCGGUUACAAUCAAGUGAACUUAACUGCACCUCAAAAGAUAAAGAUGUUGAAAUCAAACUACUUCAAAUGUGAGACUCAGUUUGCCAUUGCUCUUCAAAGCAUCUCCAUAAAGCUAUCCAAGGUACCCAAGGAUGCUAGACUUUCCGCUUUGAAGGCAGAGCUUGCAAUAAUGAAUAAGGACCUGCCUUCAGAGGUUGACAUACCUCUCUUGCUUCCGAAGAGUAAGAAGGGGAAGAUGCACAGGAUAGUCAGGAUUCCUGUUAAUGAAGUGGCCGUUCUGAACUCUGCCGAGAGAGUGCCCUAUCUAUUACUGGUGGAGUAUCUUAGUGAUGACAUAGACUUCAGUCCUGAUUCAAAGGAGAAUCUCAGACUACUCAGUGAGCUGACAGGAGUCGCCAGCACCGAAAUGACGAAGAAGGAAACGAACUAUAAGUUUGACCUCGGAAGUAUGGCUCCGCCUGUUCUAAAAAGAUCUGUGACGCCCUCCAAACCGGCGGUGCUUGGUGAUCUGGACAAGGCUGUUCCCACGGUAGACGAAACUGACCUCGGAGAUUUCUCUGUGGUGAAGUUGAGCAAUCUCAGCGGGAAUGAAAAGGUCAAAAAGGACAGAUUUGUUAGUUCUGUUUCUGAUGUUCCAGUGCUAUCUGAUACAAGGAAGGAAGGUUCUCCUGGCAGCUCCGGCUCUGAACACAUUCGCAACUCAGAGCUCGAAUUUCAGUCUCAUUACAACGUAGAUGAUCUGGGAGAUGCUGACACUGAUCUUGCAACACAGAUGAGAAUUGCUGCCGUGAUGCUUACUCAACUGGACAGUACCACAGGACACCUCCCUCCUGACCAGUCUACGGCUAUUAAAGCGCGCAUCAUUAACUCGAUGAGGUCACUCCAGAACGGUUUUGGUAUUCGCGACCUGGAGGAUAUCCACGCGGAGGCAGGUGAAAGAAAGCUCUCAAAUGAUUUGAAAGUUGCUGGAGUGGGACCUAGUUCGCAAGCCACCUAUUAUCUUGGUGAGGACUGGAACACAAGGAAGGAAAGAAUCAGAAGAGAGAGUAUUUAUGGUCACCUAGAGAACUGGGAGCUGUGUUCAAUCAUCGCCAAAACCGGCGACGAUCUAACGCAGGAGGCCUUUGCGUCUCAGCUGAUUCAGGCAAUGUCAACAGUAUGGUACACGCAUAAUGUGAACGUGUGGGUGAAGCGUAUGCGGAUUUUGGUAACUUCAAGCAGCACUGGUAUUGUCGAAACUAUCACAAAUGCGGUCUCCAUUCAUUCUAUCAAACGAGCCUUGACGCAAUAUAUGAUAGACAACAACGAGAACCAGCUCGGCAAGAUAGCAACACUCUCGGACCAUUUCUCCAGGACUUUUGGAGACCCCGAAGGUGUCAAGUACAAAAGAGCCCAGGAUAACUUCACAUCAUCUCUAGCGGCGUACUCAAUCAUCUGCUAUCUCCUUCAAAUCAAGGACAGACACAAUGGUAACAUCAUGCUGGACUCAGAAGGCCACAUUAUCCAUAUUGAUUUUGGAUUCUUGCUGUCGAAUUCACCUGGAUCUGUUGGAUUUGAGGCUGCACCCUUCAAGCUGACCUCCGAGUAUGUCGAUCUUCUGGGCGGUACCGAAGGUCAUCACUUCAAACGAUUCAAGCAGUUGAUGAAGGAUGGUUUCCGUUCAAUAAGAAAGAAUGCGGAGCAGAUCCUGGGCAUGGUGGAGCUGAUGCAAAAAGACUCGAAUCUGGCCUGUUUUCAGGCCGGAGAGAACACCAGUGUUCAGUUACGUCAACGUUUCCAACUCCACCUGACAGACCCUGAAUGUGAUCAGUUUGUUGAGAAUGUGUUGAUUGGAAAGAGCAUCAACUCCAUUUACACCCGUCUUUACGACCAGUUCCAGUUACUGACCCAAGGUAUCUACAGUUAA